AGAUUGUCAAAUAUUUUCUAUUUAUGUAGUAAUUUAAGUUGUGUACUUUCGCUUCCGAUUUCGCUGGGAGUUGUGAAUAUUAUUGUUUAACAAAAUUUAUCGACGACAAACGUUUUUGAAGCUGUACGCUAUGCAAAUUUGUCGAGCGUGCGGUCAAAGUUUCUCUGAUCAAGAUCGCUGUGAAAGCUUGGAGGAAUACGUGGAUGCUUAUUUUAAUUUGACGACAAUUCGGCUCCGAGACUAUGAAGAUCCAAGCCAAUCAAAAGUGUGCAGACAAUGUGUGGAAAAACUGGAUGAGUUUGAAAAAUUUCGCAAACUUUGCCUGCAGGUACACUGGCGAUUGCACAAGAUUAAAGUCGAAACACCAGAGGAGGAAGUUUAUCGAGAAACAGUCACAGUGGAAGUUGAGUGUAAACCGGAACUACCGGAAGACGAUGAUCCAAUUAAUAGCAUUCUUGAAGAUAAAACAGAGGUAAAACGUGACGAUGACUCUGGCGACGAGGAAGAUACGGAUGAAAAUGAGGAUGAUGAUGAUUAUGAUGAUGACGAAGAUAGUGAUGAUGAUAAUUGUGAAGAGGAAGAUGGCAAGUCUAACAAAGAUGAAAAGGAGGAAAAAGAAGUGCCAUCUAAGCCCAAGAAAAAACGAGCAAAAUGGGGCAGCUUAAAGAAAAAAGAACCCAAAGAACAACGGACAGUCUUUCCUUGCGAUCUGUGUCCUAGGAAAUUUUUUGUGCUUUUCAGAUUCAACGCCCACAAACGCACUCAUGAGGGUCUCAAGCCGUUCGAAUGCGAAGUGUGUGGUAGAGCAUUCUCAACAUCAAAUAAUCUAAAGUUGCACCGCAUUCAAAAACACAGUAAUAACAGAAUAUCUCUACCAUGUGACCAUCCCGGAUGUGGGCAGAGGUUUUCAACUCGACUCGGACUUAAUAGGCAUAAAAAUCGUGUUCAUAAUCCUGACUACGUAAUGCCCGCUCAAAUAGCAUUUAUUUGUGACAUUUGCGGGAAAAAGUUUACCACCAACGGAGGACUAAAAAGACACAAAUACACCCACACUCCAGGUGAAAUGCCUUUUGUGUGUGGAAUCUGCUCCAAACAGUUUCCAACUUCUAACAAACUGAAAGAACACACAAUGCGUCAUGAGGGCGUGAAGAAUCAUACCUGUUCGCAAUGCGGUCUUCGGAAAACAACUAUGCACGAAUUGAAAACUCACAUAAGAAAUAUGCAUUCAACAGAGCCGCGUUCCUAUUCGUGUGAGGUUUGCGCGAGACAGUUCAGUAACACCGGAAGCUUGGGACUUCACAUUAAAAUUGUACAUCUAGGUCUCAAACCAUAUAUCUGCACGGUUUGCCAGUGGGCAUUCGGUAGAAGCGAUCACCUCAAGCGACAUAUGAAGAGUCACAUGCGAGCUGGCUUGCUAAAAUCAUCACAGGAAAUGGCUAAUUAUUAAUUUGUACAAUGUUAGAAUGUAAUUAACUUGAUCCCAAAAGAUUUAUUUCUGUGUUUAAACAAGAUGGCAUAAAAAAUCUCAUGUAUUACCAUAUCACAAUUAUUUUUGACAGGCUGUGGUCGUAACUUUUUGUCGUGAGUAACAACUUAUCUUCCAAUAUGGGGUAACAUUCAGUAACAUAUUUUUGCGCUAUUAGGCGAAAAAAUGUUCACCAAUUUUGUAUUAACCCUUUCAUAGAGACAAGCGAAACAAGUAUGUUUUUUCAGCAUUUCUUGAUUACAGCACUGACACUGACGUUAUGUUCGGUUCGAAAUGUGUGGAGCAUCAGAAACAUGUUUUGCAAACGGAGCGAAUCUGUCAAAAAUCUGCAGCAAAUAAGUGAGUACAUGGCAAUAAUCUUAUUUUGUUAAAUCCUGUUUAAAGCAACAAAGCACUAUUAUCAAUAUGGUCGUUUUAUACCACAAUUAACUUGUUUAAAUUGUUAUUGUUGUUUAUCAGUGCGUAAUCGGGCUGUCUCAACAACCUAUGUGCAUUAACUGUACACCUACCGUCUCACCGUUGCACUUGUCAGUGUGUGCAGUGCUUUAUGGUCACAGCUAUGACCGCGCAUCCGGCUUCCCACGACCGUUUCGACGGCUCAGAAGCUGUCCUUCCAUGUUGCUCAGGGAUACAUUGCUCCUACAUACAUCCAUACACACAGGCACACAUUUAUACAUGCAAAAUUGCGUUCCUACAUACAUGCCUACUAUUUGGCACAAGUUUCAGAGAACGUGUAAUGUCAUGUCAUCUAUUCUGUCCAAUUCUAUGGAAAAUUAUCCUAUCAUUGCGUUGGAGUCUAUGUUAUAGUGAAAAAAUUCGCAUUGAGUCCGUUUUACUCCCUUCCUAAUCUACUUUUUGUCUCCUAGAUCUGAAGCAGGUGAAUCGCCUAUUAAUAGAUACUUACUCACGAAUACUUUUUCCUACAACUGUGCUGUUUUACCUUCAUCUUAUAACAGAAUUCGAUUAUCCCUGUUCUAGUCAAGAUUCGUAUUCAUUACGAUACGGAUCAGGCAAAUCCUCAUUAUUUUCUAUUAUCGUUAUACUGAGUAGCUAAACGCGCGAGGCAUUUUAGAGUUUCACAAAAAUAACCUCUGCUUAUAAAGGACAUAAGAUCCACGAUUCCCCAUAAAGUUAGCUCGAACCGAAUGUCCAUCUGGUUCAACUCGAACAGACCACACCGACCCGAAAAGGCUGCUUAUCAUUUCUAAGAGUCGGUGUGUUUGGUCGAGUUAAAUAAUCAUAAAAAUAGAUCCUAGAUAAUUAACCAUCUCUUAGGUCCUGCACUCCUUUCCCGAACUAACCCAUCCCCAAGGUCAAAAGAGGAGGCAACUAGCAGGAUCCACAUGUCCCCCACCCAAGCGUUUACUAACCGGCCAUGAAGACGUCCGAACUAACGAGAAUGGACUGUGGCAGUCGAAAGCCACAGGCCCAGCGCCAUACCGUACAGUUCCUGAACUAUUUAAACUGGAAUUGUAUUGUUUAGUGCUAUUUACAGUUUUCCUUUCAGUGGUAGUGUCUCAUUCUUUCUUUUAAAACUUUAUACCUGCGAUAUUGCAGCUUAGCACUUACUAUCUCUUCUGGCAUUUCAACAUUUCAGUCUAUCAUCUCAUAGUAUCGAGAUCUGAGGUGCCAGUCCUGCACUCCUUGCCGGAACUAACCCAUACCCAAAGUCAAAAGAGUCGACAUUUGGCAGUAACCCAACCGAUUAUCAACUAGCCAUGAAGACGUCCAAACCUAUGAGCAUAGACCGUGCCAGUCGAACGCCACAGGCCCAGCGCCAUACAGUACAGUUCCUGAACUAUUUUAACUGGAAUUGUAAUAUAUGUUUAGUGCUAUUUACAGUUUUCAUUUCAGUGGUAGUAAGUGUCUCAUUCUUUCUUUUAAAACUUCAUACCUGUGACAUUGCAGCUUUGCGCUACCUAUCUCUUCUGGUAUUUUGACAUCGCCAGUCUGUUGUCUCAUAGUAUCGAAAUCUCUGUCAUCCAAUCCUUUAUUUCCUUCGGAGCUCUGCUGGCGCGAAUACCAACUAUUUGAAGCCAAAAAGACAUUAUAUAUCAUAUUAUGCAUAUUCCCAUAACCACAGAGAACAGACGUCCAUCUUUAGCAUUCAACUUGUGUUAAAAUCCCUAACGGUUUCCAAGGUAGUUGGUAUAUCUAAACCAGGUGCGCUACUGUUGUCAUGUUUUUUUGUGUCUGAGUUAGACUGAAUUAACAGCGGUUAUUCCUCUACCCAGUCAAACUAGCCCGGAACCGGUUCGGACUUCUGAGUGGUUCCAGUAUGAAUUCCAGCUCAAAUGCAUCAACCGAUAGAGUUGGAAUCGGUUGUUUUCUUUGAGCAAGAUUCCAUACUGAAUUCAUUCAGGAUUUGGAACCGGUUCCCGAAUGGAUCUGACGGAUAGUUGGGAUAAGUAGGUGUGGCGGCGCUAGUGUUUAUCGUAUAUUAAUUCGAAUGUUUACACACAUUUUUUUAAUUAUUUUUGUUCGAUCAUGGAUGUCUGUUCUCUUUGCCCUAAACUUAUAAGGAACAAAGGCUGUGUGCCGAUUCUAAUGUAGAAACGCUUAUGAUGUGACCAUCAAGAUCACGUCAGACAGCCUUAAUUGACCCCCUUCGACAACAGUUUGGCCUUACCAGGCCGUAACGCGGGUGGCGGCAUGUUGAGAACAGCUUGAAGCAACACCUGAUGUUGCUCCAAAUGUAUGUGAUCCAAGACUGAUUUGGAUAAUUCCAUCGAGCCUAGUUUGCAUACCUUACAUAACUAGACUCACUCACUACCACACUUAACUUAUUUAAAUUAAAAAUUUAUUGUAUAUGAACCUAGAUAUGAACCAAUUGUAGAAGAAUUGGCUUGAAUACUCAAAUUAGGCUUUAUAGAAGUGUCGAGACUAUUUUUGAUGUGGUUUUGAGGUUCUACGACUUUCCCCCGAAAACCAUUCCCCAGAAACUAAAACACCAAAGUUCCAGAAAUCGAAUUCCUGGAAAACAAUAGAGUAAUUUCGGGAGCGAUGCCGCGUGUGGUGGGAUGCCGCACUCUCUUUCUCGUAUACAGAAUCACCUUAAUACGGUAUUAUGAUAUAGCGAGUUUGUCUGUCGAAGAAUUGCAACACUGGAGAUGUAAAAUA